GUGUGUCUCAGCAAUUGGAUCUCUACCAGAUUGCUACAGCAGCGACUGUUAUUGUCUUCUAUAUUGGAGAUGUCAAGACACUUUUUCACACACCUGGUCACAGGAUACACUAAACACAAUAUGAAAUUCAAUAAUAUCAGGACUUACAUAAUACCAGUUUGAAAGAAGGGAAUUCCUAGUGACAUCAUGGCCCCCUGCAUAAGUUUUGGUGAGGAAUAUGCUAAGCUCAUGAGCCGCAAUCCCGAGGGCAUAUACCUCUCUAUCCCUCAAAGAUUUAGCAAACUCCGUCCAGGAUCAAUCGGCUACUUCGCCAAACACGGAGAAUGGAACGAGGUCACCGAUCUUUCGCAAGAAGGGCGUGCCCAGAAGGAUGGAUUCACGCCCAUCAAUCGUGCCUUCGACUGCGAAGAAGCCCAUGGUGGCCAUGUAGAAGACCAGAUCUUCGGAAAGCGAGUCCGCGAACUCUUUUAAGGCCACCGUUGGAGUUUUCCGGCCUGAUGACCCCCCGCCCCGGUCGACGUCUCCGGCGAGGCAAUGCGCAAAACGGGCUCGACUGGAAGAAUGAUCUCGAGGAAAAGGUUGCCUUGGGAAGGGCAGAGUUUUCUGAGCUGACGAAGUUGCAUGAGGAGUUUUUCAAAGUGAAGUUCUUUUGGACCUAAUCCUUAUGAGUUGAAGUGGAUGCUUGACCGUAAGUUUGCAGGAGCGCUAU